UAAGCUAUCCAAGAUGCCACCGAAAAAGCAAAGGAGUGGGACAAAUGCUGCAAUCGCGUCGCCAGCCGUCGGCCCUAAUAAAGGGUGGGAAAGCGGGCUCAGUGCAGCAACCCUCGAAGAGGAAUUCUGGAAGAUCAACCUUUCUUGGGUUGUAGUGGACUCUCUGGAGGAGGUGUGGUAUCUCUCAGCCCUUUCGCUUGCUGUGCAACAACCUCAAAGAAGGCAGUUCAGCAUCAUUUCACUGGAGACAACUUUGCAAAAAAUUAAUGAACUGGGUAACCCCAAAGGAAAGAAGGUCAAAGACACUCCUCUAUUUCAUGAGGUGUUGGAGGCAGCAAGGAGUACACUUGAUGCUGGACAGGAAAUCUCCACGGAUCUUAUGGCUAAACUGGUGAAGUUUCAGCUGUUGUGUACAAAGACUGCAGAUCUUAUGCGAAUAACUGAAAUGAAGGGUCAUGAGGAGAAGUCAAAAGCUAAAGGUGCAUCUAACUCACCAACGGGACCCAAUGGGAAACCUGCCAAAGCAGAAAAAGGAAAAAAGAAUGCAGAGCCAGUAGCACCUGUUAAAGAAACCAAACUCAGACGGAGAGGAGAAGAGGAUGACUCCCAUAAAUACAUAGAUGAUGAACCAGAAGAUGGACCGCAGCACUACGUUCUCCUUGUGGGCUUUUGUCAGCCAACUCUCCUGUCCGCGUUGGAUGCUAUAGGUGUACAUGUGUCAAACGUUAUCCGGCUACGCGGCAAAGGCACUGAAGACUGUGAUAGAAUAACACCCACUUCUCUGAACACAGAUGUGUCUGCAGUUUUAUGGAUGCCGAAUGAACUGGACCAUUUUUGGACUCAUCUGGAAAAUGUCCUACUCAGUGCUGGCAACCACUCCAGGCUCUUUGAUGUGGUUGGUUUGGUCUGUACAAUAGAGGAGAAUCCCUGCCUUGAUCAGGAAAGCACUGAAGAAAUGCUUACUUGUGGGACAAAAGUAUUUGAAUCUGUCGCCACUUUGAUCUAUGACUGCCUGGACUGGAGGCGCGAGCACCUGCACUACCUCCAGAGCAUGAAACUUACUCACGUUCCAUCGGUCACAUCUGGCAACGUCCAAUGCAGCCCCGAGUGCUCUGCUGAGGUGCAACCAUCAGCAAUUCUGACUACCGUACCAAAGAAGAAACAGUCAGAGGAUAGUUCUGACUUGCAGGCGGAGGCCACGAGUGCAGAUUCAGACCUGAGGGUGUAUGAUGAUCUUCUGAAGAAAAUACCACCAGAGUGCACUUCUGUUCCUCUCAUUCUGCACUGCAUGCUAGAGCAGAUAAGUGCAGAGCAGGCUGCUCCGGCUGAGGGCUCCACCUCUGCAGAGCCGGACGUGCCAUCGGACUGCAACCUUUCCCAUCACAUCUUUACCGCAGCAACUUACCUGCCACGCCCAUUUGAAGAGAAGAAGAGAUUGAUGGACAACUUUGGUAAGACGGAGGAUGUGAAAAGAAGGAAUCAGCCCGUAGGCCCUUUACUGCUGAACCACCGUGACAAAAGAGCAGAACGGCUGUAUCAUUGUCCCAUGCUGAGUACCUUUGAUGUGUCAGAAAUCGAGGGGGCCAUGAUGAAGAAGACUCCAGUGUGGAAGCUGUUGCAUUCUGAACUCAGCAGACACAGUAAAGACAUGGGCUUCAUAAUGGACACCCAGGAAUGCGUUCGCCUCCUCAGUGAAGGUUUGAUGAACAAUGAUCAUUCUUCUGAGCAUGUGAAAUCAACUCUUCACUCUCUGACUGACCUGAAUGUGUAUGAACACUUCAGUGCCCCUGUCUUCACACAGGUUUUGGAAGAGGCAUCUCAAACAUACCAGUCUAUGGAUACCUACAGGAGCCCCAGAGAUGGAGCACUCUUCAUCCUCUGCCACAAUCCCAUCGGCCCACAGAGAGACAGUAGACAGUCAUGGGACGAAGCUCUACACACAGAUGUUGGCUUCAGGAAUUACUUGGAGCACGUUGCUGCAAGACUGAAAGAUUGGAGCAUACAGGCAGGAGGUGGACCAGAGCCCUGUGAAUCCCCUCAGACUUGUGCAGCUGUCCCAAUUACAACAGAGGGAAAAGCGGAAAUUUACAUACAAGAGGAAUCAUUAAAGGCGUUUAAGAUUGAGCAAGAGCGCUUGAAAAAGGAGGAACAGGAGAAUGCAGCAAAGAAAGACAAAAGUGGGAAGGCCGGUGGACGAGGAGGCAAUAAAGCGGAUCCUGGCAAAGACAACAAGAAGUCAACCAAAAGCCCUGAGCAGUUACAAGCCACCUCUCAGCCUACGCCCCCUCACCCACCAAAGGACUCAGAACAUCAAACUACAGAUGAACCAGCAUUUGCAGGCUACAAUAUGAACGGUUGCUUGAUCCAUCUUAUUAGCGAGAAGAAAUUUCUCUACCCAGCAGAUGGAGGCACUGUCCAAGUGGAAACAAAUAAUUUCAUCCAUGGUAUGGCUCAAAUGACAAUAUGUGUGAUCAAGGACAUGCACCACCUCUACAUGAAUUAUUCUGGGACAAAUUCAGGGCUACAGCUAGGAUCUCCCAAAAUUGCAGAAAGGAAACAUUUGGAUCAUCAUGGCUCCUUUUUUGCCAUGCUCUCUACUGGAAUGAAGCUGUCUUCUUGCCAUCCUUGCACAGGGAAAAAAGAACCAGAGAGCACUCUCCCAUCAUCAGAAGUAUCAUCUCCGUCAAAUCAAUGUUCUCACACUGAGGGAUUACUUGUCUGUACUCCUGAUGGCAUUACUGUGCAGUUCAUUUGUCAAGACAUUGAUGGAACUAAAAAACUUCUGGUGCGCCAGAGUUCAGCCACCCUUGAGCCAUUUAAUCAGGACAAUAAAAACACAGCGGAGCUUUCCCGAGUGAUAACAACUGAAGGAACUGUGAUCAAGUAUUUACAAAAUGGCUCAAGUCAGACUCUUUUUGCUGAUGGCACGGUAAUCACCUAUCAAGAUUCUGAUCAUAUUCUACAUUCGGUUCCGGAGCCACCCACUCAAGAGAAUGGAUCUGCAAAGGACGAGAAAGUGGACAACAAGGAAUCUAAAGAGGGAAAAGUCAAGGGUAAUAUCGAGAUUGAUGCAGAGAAUGAGGUGGAUGAGGUGACGAAAAGUGAGCCGGCUCCCGGACAGCUGUGUGGUUCCUGGACAACAACGUCACCCUCAGGCCUCCAGAUUCACUCUGUGGGAGAGACAUCAGACAUUCAGCACAUCCUCACUUACACAUCAACUGACCCCUUCAGCCAAACGGUCGUCACUCUGAGAGAGGAUGGAGUUAUCUCGGUGCAGGAGCCCAGCGGGUCUACAGUCGUAGAGCAUGCAGACGGGACCCGCAUCACAACUUCCCACCAGGAGACCACGGGUGAAGACCUGCUGUGCAGUAUGAAGAGGUGGAUGGUGAUACAAAACACAGGUUUUCCCACUGUGCUGAUGGGGGAUGAUGGAAGCUGCCAGGUUUUGUUUGGGGAUGGAACAGUUAUUUUAGCCAGCUCAGAUUUCUCUUACCAGGUCAUGCUCUCCAAUUCAAAUCUGCUGUCCAUAGAUAAGGAAGGCCAGGUUAUGUACACAUCUCAACACAGAACCGCCACAUUCCAAAAGUUGCAGCCAAGCUGUUAUGUGAUGUCACCUUUGGGAGACAUCUUAUGUCAUGUCACUGAUGCCUUCGGAAACCAUUUUGAGGUAAACUCUGAUGGCCAGACAUUUGUGACAGAAAGUAAGUCACAAGAUCGCUUGAAGACUGCACACAUACCAAGAUUGUUUGUGGCAAAUGGAGAUGGUUCUGGACUGGAGUUGUUGAGCUCUGAGAUACUAGACGAUCUACUGGCAGAGGCUCAUGCUGAUUCGACCGUAGCUAUUCUGAAAGACAUCAUUCCAGAAUGCCCAGGAGCCCAGGAAAUUACACUGCUGAAACCAAGCCGGGUUGAAAGGUGCCUCGAUCAGAUGGCCAAAAAGGAUAUCAGGUCGUCCCACCUGAAAUGCAGAAAUUGGGACAAUUUUCCCUCCCAUGAGAAGAAGACCGCUGGUUCAUCAUUUGGAACAAGUCUAGACAGAAGAGACCAACCACUACCUGUGUCCUCAUCACCUUUUCCCAUGUUAAACUGUCCAGAGGUUUUGCUUGUUCGCCAACUCAUCCAAAUUCCACCAGACAACAGCAUGCAACAGCACUCUCAGCUGGUGCCAAGGUCUUUGGAGGACAAACAUGCAGAUUAUGUAAUGAAAUACUCUGGGAAGCUGCAGAGAACGGAGGAGGAAUGUGGUGAUGUCCGUCCCAUAGAAUUCCGAUCUUUAGAUGAGCAGAAGGACGCCUUGGGCCUUUUGCAGCUGCUGCUGAUGGAUGAUGCUGCAGUGGGAAAAUGCAGUGAAGUAUUUUGAAUGAAAGGGGAGAUAAGCCACAAAAUAAAACAAUUCAAUAAAAUUAGCAGUAUUAAAGUAAAUAUUUACAAUGGUUUCUUAUACACACACACACACACACUAAAAUGGGUUUUGUUUCUUUUAAAUAUAAAAACAUUUUAACAUUAUUUCUUGUAAAGUAUGUGUGAACCCUUAUAUGAAUAGCUUGUUGCUCUUCCUUUUGCACUUCUUACCUCGACCAAAUGUCUUCUGUAAUCUCUAACAGUUAGAGUCUAAAGAAGAAGAGUCUAAAGGUGGUGCUAAAGAACCUGCCCUCCUCUGAACAGAGCCAAAUCUAAUUCAUAACUAUUCAAUAAAGAAAUUGCAUUCAGAA